GUGAUUCUGCCAGUUCCUGCUAUCGGAGGACUUGCUGUAUCAUGUCGGACACAGAGCUCUGAACACUGGUACAAAAAUAUGGGUUCACCGUGCAAGUGCAUCCCAGUACCUUGCCAAAUUGCCGUGCUGACUGGGAUUAUAACUGUACUUACACUGAUUUCCAGUACAGCCGAAGCCGUUGAUAGUUUUUGGUACCAAGAUCUGUGCAGCUACAAAUGGGAGGCCAUCGAUGACGACAACAAAGUGAGAUACUCUCUGAAGCUCUGCGACUCCUCGCCUGAAACAGCCUGUGGGCCAGGGAGCGCUGUCUGCGCCUAUGACCUCACUAGCAAGACGUCGCAGUCAGUGGGUGACCAGUCCCAGCUGAAGGCUUCUCCGAGUGUACUGGAUUUCCGUGGCCCGCAGAAAUGUCCUAGCAGUACUAAUAAUGUGCAGAGCAGCAUCAGUUUCCAGUGUGGAAAAACCAUGGGGACUCCAGAGUUUGUGACCGUGUCCGAAUGUGUGCACUACUUUGAAUGGAGGACGUACGUGGCCUGCAAGAAGGAUAUGUUCAAGCCUCACAAAGAGGUCCCCUGCUACGUCUUUGACGAAGAUGGAAAAAAGCACGACUUGAACCCGCUCAUUAAGCUGACUGACGGUUACCUGGUGGAUGACUCGGAUGACGAGUCGUCUUUGUACAUAAAUGUAUGCCGAAGCAUCUAUACGUCAGCUUCAUUGGGGCAGCCCUGUCCCGAGGGCUCGGCCGCAUGCCUGGUCACCAGCAAGGGCAACUUCAGCGUGGGACGUCCCGUGAAGGAGCUGCAGCUCCAGCCCUCGUCCACCGACAGGUUGAUCCUGAGCUACGAUGGAGUCGCUGAGCAGAAGCCAGACUUCUGCGGAGAGCACACCCCUGCAGUCAGCAUCACCUUCAUCUGUCCGUCACAGCGUCAGCAGGGCAGCAACCCCAAGAUGACCGCGAACACCAACUGCCGGUACGAGAUCGAGUGGGUGACCGAGUACGCCUGCCACAGGGACUACCUGGAGAGCCACAACUGCACCCUGACGAGCGAGCAGCACGACAUCUCCAUCGACCUCCGGCACCUGACCCUCGGGCGUACCGAGUUGCCCUACCAUGCCGUGGCUAAGGGCAGCGACGGGCGGGACGGCUACGUGUACUACCUGAACGUGUGCGGGGAGACCUCGGCGGACGACUGCAAGGACUCGGCGGGCUACGUGUCCGCAUGCCAGGCCAAGGAGGGGGGGACGGGCGCCGGCAAAAUUGCCGGCCGCUACAAGAACCAGACGCUGAGGUACUCUGAUGGUGACCUCACCCUCAUCUACCCGGGAGGAAGUACCUGCAGCUCCGGUUUUCAGCGAAUGACCAUCAUUAACUUUGAGUGCAACAAAACAGCCGACAAUGACGGGAAGGGGUCCCCGGUGUUCACGGGCGAGUCCGACUGCACCUACUACUUCGACUGGCAAACGGCGUACGCCUGCGUCAAGGAGAAGGAGGAUCUUCUCUGCCGAGUCACGUCUGACAAGAAGCACUACGACCUGUCGCCCCUGACUCGAUUCUCAGGGUCGAGUACACUCCAGAACUGGGAGGCGGUGGAUGGCAACGCUCAAGACGGAAAGCGGUUUUACAUAAAUGUCUGUCACAAAAUUCUCCAGCAGGGGGCGACAGCAGGUUGCCCAGAGGACGCCGCUAUCUGUGCUGUGGGAAAAGACAAAACCCUCAGUUUGGGGAAAUUCCUCUCCCCUCCACGGAUGGACGAGAAUAACAUCCGCCUGACGUACACGGAGGGCGACGAGUGCCGGAGCCACAACAGGAUCCAGACCAUCGUCACGCUGAUCUGCAGACCCGGUGACCUCGAGAGCGCCCCCGUGAUGAAGAGCGUCUCGAGCGACGGCUGCGUCUACGAGUUCGAGUGGUACGUCGCCGCCGCCUGCGUCCUGUCCAAGACCGAGGGGGACAACUGCAAGGUGGAGGAUCCGCUGGCGGGGUUCUCCUUUGACCUCUCCCCUCUGACCAAGCAGGACGUCCCGUACAACGUUUCCAGCGGGGAAUAUAAGUACUUCCUCAAUGUCUGUGGGGGCGUGACCACCGCCAAGUGUCCUGAUAAGGCGGGAGCCUGUCAGGUGGACAAUAGCGGCCACUCCUGGAGCCUGGGGCAGUUCAACUCCAGGCUGUCCUACUACGACGGGAUGAUCCAGCUCACUUACCAGAACGGCUCCAAGUACAACAACGAGCAGCACACCCAGCGCUCCACGCUCAUCUCCUUCCUGUGUGACCGCGAGGCCGGGGCCGGGAAACCCGAGUACCAGGUGGAAGACACCUACACUUACAACUUCAAGUGGUACACGUCAUACGCCUGCCCAGAGAGGCCGCAGGAGUGUGUCGUGACAGACCCCAAUACCUUGGAGCAGUAUGACUUGUCCAGUCUGGCCAGGUCAGAGAGGAACGGCGGCAAGAACUGGCUGGCCAUGGACGUGUCUGACCCCAACAACCUGAGGAAGUACUACAUCAACGUGUGCCGUCCCAUCAACGCCGUGACGGGCUGUGACCGGCGCACGUCCGUCUGCGAGAUGAAAUACGUGCCGCAGGAGGGCGGUAUGGCUGAGGCGGUGUCCAUCAGCAACAUGGGCGUGGCCAUGAAAGGGCCCACCAUUGAACAGAAGGGCCGCCUCCUGCUGGAGUACACGGGCGGCUCCACCUGCGUCUCGGACGAAAGGACCACCACCUACACCACCCUCAUCCACCUGGUCUGCCUCAAGGGGGCAGUGUCCGGCCCUCGUUUCAUCAUGAGCCAGAACUGCACCGCCACCUUCCUGUGGCACACAGACGCGGCUUGUGCAAUCUCAAGCACUGAAGAUGAUGCGAAGACGUGCACCAUCAAAGACCCCAACACCGGGUUUGAGUACAACCUGCUUCCCCUACAAAAUGAAAAUGGCUACACGGCUGAAGGAAAUGGGAAGACUUUCUUGGUGAACAUCUGUGGCCCGGUGGCCAGGUGUGGCACGGACCACGGUGACCCGAUGGCUGGGUGCGAGAUAGAGAAUGGAAAACCCGUGGGGGCCGUAGGAGUGGAGAAGUCACUGCAGUUCUCCACAGAUGGCGUCCUCACCCUCACAUACAAAGGGGCCUUGGAUACACCCACAGGCACCAGGAACACCUUCAUCAUCAGUCUGGUGUGCGAUCAGGACAACAGCAACAGACUACGGCUGCUUCGCGAAGAGAUGAGCUCGUCCAGUCAGGUCACCCACGAUGUGUUCUUUGAAUUGAAGACGGCCCUAGCCUGUCCGGUGGCCCCCGUCGACUGCCAGCUCACUGAUUCCCAUGGUAAGGAGUAUGACCUCAGUGACCUCAGCAGAGAUGACAGCCCCUGGGUGGCCAUCGACACCUCCGCUCAGGCAAAGACCAGGACUUUCUACAUCAACGUGUGCAGACCCCUGCCCAGGGUCUUGGGUUGCCCUGGGGGCGCUCUGGGCACCUGCGCCAUCAUCGACGGCACGGGCGUGAACCUGGGCUACGUCCAGUCCAACCCUCAGGCCGCAGCGGACGGCUCCAUCAGCAUCGUUUACGGCAACGGGGACAAGUGCGAGAACAGCCGCUACUCCACCCGAAUCAUUUUCCAGUGUGACGACAGCCCUGGCUCCCCGAUGUUCACUGAAAAGAACGGCUGUGAAUACGUCUUCACCUGGAGGACCUCGGAAGCCUGCCCCGUCCACAGAGUUCAGGGUGACAACUGUAAGGUCAGAGACCCCCGAAGCAGCUACGUGUUCGACAUGACGUCCCUCUCUGGGAAGGACUACACGGUGAAGAGCGGAGAGUACGAGUACCACUUUGCCGUCUGCGGGGCCCUCAAUGAGAAGAUAUGCACCCACAAGGACACAGGAAAUGAAACCGUCUCUUCCUGUCAGGUGGAAGGAAGCACUCACAGGAUUGCAGGUCUCACCACACAGACCCUGACCUACGAUGAUGGGCUCAUAAUGAUCAACUAUACCCACGGCCAGACCUGCCACAAGAUAUAUGAGCGGGCCACCGCCAUUCUGUUUACCUGUGACCACAGCCAGGGCACGGGGGAACCACAGUUUAUCAAGGAAACACCAGACUGCACCUACCUUUUUGAAUGGAACACAGCACUGGCUUGUCUCCCCUUCAAAACAACAAGCUGCUCCUUCAAAGAUGAUAAAGGCAACUCCUAUGACCUCUCGCCUCUGUCGAUGCCCCGUAGUAACUGGGCAGUCGAUUCGCAGACGGGGAACCAGGAGCAGCGAUAUUACAUCAACGUAUGCAAGUCCUUGGUACCACAGUCUGGGUCCUGGAGAUGCCCGUCCACCUCUGCGUCCUGUCUAAAGAGUGGAGACCAGUACUUCAGUCUGGGGGAGGCGGAGUCUACACCCCAUUUAGAGAGGGGCGUCCUGGUCCUCAAGUACACCCAUGGGGACAAGUGUCCUGAUAAGCAGAGGAACCGGACCACCAUCAUACGCUUCAAGUGUGACGAGGACAAAGUGGACUCCAGCCCGACUCUGAUCACAGCCAUCGAGGAUUGCGUCUACACCUUCAUGUGGUUUACUGCCACCGCCUGUCCGCUCAAGAGCAGCGAGCAUGGGGACUGCAGGGUGGCCAACCCGCUAACCGGGCACCUCUUCGACCUGAAUGGCCUGAGGAGACCGGAAGGCUACACGGUGUACGACAGCGUCAACCGGAGGAAGAUGUUUCGGUUGAACGUCUGUGGUGAAGUGGCUAACGCAGGAUGUGAAAAGGGCGCGGGCGUCUGCAUCAAAGACAGCCUGACCGCCUUGAACGGAGGGAGCUUCUCGCAGACGCUCUCCUACCGGGACCAGGUGGUGCAGCUGACCUACGAGGGCGGGGACGCGUGCGCAGCCAACCCCACCCUGCGGCACAAGAGCGUCUUCAGCUUCGUCUGCGCGUCCCAGGGCGCGGCCGGGGGCGGCCCCGUCCUGGUGGACACGGACGAGGAGAAGUGCAUCCACUUUUUCUCCUGGCACACGCCACUGGUCUGUGAGCAGCAGGUCAAAUGCUCAGUCUCCAAUGGGACCUCCCUCAUUGACCUCACCCCUCUCAUUCACAAAACGGGCUUCUACACCGCCACCGACGAGGACCUGUCCAAGGACCUCUCCCCUGACUUUUAUAUCAAUAUAUGUCAGCCGCUCAACCCCAUCCCCGGGGUGGCUUGUCCCCCAGGAACGUCCGUGUGCAUGGACCCAGACAAUGGGCCUCCCAUAGAUAUUGGGCGUAUCACGUUCCCUCCGCAGAUCAACGAGGCCAUCAACGAGGUGUACAUAUCCUUCAACAGCACCACCCCGUGCCCCACAGACUCCUCCCAGAACUACAGCUCCCUCCUCGUUUUCAGCUGCCAGGCUGGCACCGAGCUGGGCUCGCCCCGGAUGAUCAGGAAGUCGAACUGCCUGUACGUGUUCGAGUGGGCCACCCCGGUGGUGUGCCCGGACGCCGUCACCACCAAGGACUGCACCCUGAAGGAUGCGCAGCUGCAGUUCACCUUCAACCUCUCGCCUCUGUCCGGGAUCAUCCAACGGGUGUCCUCUGGUUCCAGCCACUACAGCAUCAACGUGUGCGGGGAGGUGACGGACCCCGGCUGCAAGGGCAGCGCCGUGUGCCUGGUGUCUAGCUCUUCCACCGCAUCGUACGGGAACAGCAAGGCCAUGACCAUGGACUACCAGCAUGAGGACGAGGCCGUGACCAUGCACUACGGAAGCGGAGACACUUGCCUUCCAGUGACGACAGAAGGGAAUGUGUGCUUCUUCCCGUUCAACUUCCUGGGGAAGUCCUUCUCAGAGUGCACCACGGAAGGCCGGACUGAUGGGAAGCUCUGGUGCGCCACCACCGGUGACUACGACAAGGACAUGCAGUGGGGAUUCUGUUCGGAAGUCAAAGGGAAGCGGCGCUCCACCGUCCUGUUCACCUGCGACCGGCAGGCGGGCCGGGGGGCCCCCCAGCUGCUGAGCGAGACGCAGGGCUGCGCCGCCACCUUCCAGUGGCCCACCGACGUCGUGUGCCCGCCCCGCAAGAUGGAGUGCAAGCUGGUGCACCAGCACCAGACGUUCGACCUGCGCACGCUCUCCUCGCUCACCUCCCCCUGGAAGUUCAGCCACGACGGCGACUCGUACUUCCUGAACCUGUGCCAGGGGAUUCACGGGGGCCUGACCGACUGCCCCGAGGACGCCACCGUCUGCCGGCGCAAACGGGGCGGCCCCACGCGGGCCCUGGGCCGGGUGCACACCCAGACCAUGGGCUUCACAGACGGGAAGAUCAUGGUGAACUACACCAAAGGGGACGCGGCCUGCGGGCGGAGCCUCCUGGCCAAAACCGUCAUUCAGCUGACGUGCGGGAAAACGGUGGGGAGCCCCAGGCUUCUGCGGGUGGACGAGCAGGCCUGCGAGUUCUGGCUGGAGUGGGAGACGCGGGCGGCCUGCGCCGUGACGCAGCAGGAGGUGGAGAUGGUGAACGGCACCAUCCGAGUGCCCGACACGGGGGUCAGCUUCAGCCUCGGAGCCCUCUACUACAGGUUCCACCAGGCCUCGGGGGACAUCCGGUCCAACGGGGACCGGUACAUAUACGACAUCCAGCUCUCCGGCAUCACCAACAGCUCCUCGUCCUCCUGCCAGGGGGCCAACAUCUGCCAGGUGAAGAUCAACGGCGACUACCAGCGGAGGAUCGGGGAUCUGCCGCGCAACGCCAAGUACUUCAUCAAAGACGGAAAUUUGGACGUCCUCAUCCCUUCCGAGUCAAAGUGCGGGCGGGACCAGAAGAAGACGGUCUCCUCCACCAUUCUGUUCCACUGCAGCCCGUCGGCCGGAGAGGGCAUCCCAGAAUUCCUCCUGGAGACGGACGGCUGCCAGUACCUCUUCGUCUGGCACACCUCCAGCGUGUGUGAGCUCACGGCUGAAGUCGAUAAUGGCCGUCAAACUGACGACGGAGGGGAGGAGCAUGGCGGUUUGUCGGGGCGGAGCCGGGCCGUGGGGGCGGUCCUGAGCGUGCUCUUGGUGGUCCUCACCAUUUGCCUGGUCGUCCUGCUCCUGCACAAGCGUGAGAGAAGGGAACUAGUGAUUCAGAAAAUGACUGCAUGCUGUAGAAGAGGAAAUAACGUCUCAUAUAAGUACUCCAAGGUGAACAUGGACGAGGAGGGCGGUGAGGAAGAGAUGGAGUGGCUGAUGGAGGAGAUCGAGCCGCCCGAAUCCUCCUCCUCGCGCUUCAGGAAGAAGGAGGUGCAGGAGAACGGUCACAUCACCACCAAGCCCGUCAGCGCCGAGGCGCUGCGCUCCUUCCCGCUGGACGAGCAGGACAGCGAGGACGAGGUGCUGAGCGUCCCGGGGGUGCGCGUGCAGACGGGCCGCCCCGGCCCCCAGCGGCCCCGGGCGGCCCUGCUGGAGGAGGAGAGCGACGAGGACCUGGUGGGCCUCCUGGAGGAGCGCGGGAGGCGGAGCCGGCCCAAGGCCAAGGCCCGGCCGCACAGGAAACGGCCCGACCUCCCCGACAGGUCCUUCCACGACGACAGCGACGAGGACCUGCUGAGGGUGUGAGGGGCCCCGUGGGGCCCCGAGAUCCCGCCCCUCCCCCUGUGACUGAACGCCUCCACGACGAUACUCAAUGUCUGCUUUUUUUUUUUUUUUAAAAAGGGAAAUAAAACUGUGUCUAUUUGUUGUUUACAGUUUUUAAAAAAACAGAUUUGUUUUUUUUUUGUCACCCAAAAAGAUGAUUUCCUGUAAGAAAAUCCUGUUUUCAUAAAUAUCUUUUUUUUUUUUUUUGGUUCACUCCAUUAAUGUGUCUAAAUAUUUAUGUAUAUUAAUUUUUCAUUUUUAUUCCCUUCUCCCUCAAAACAAGAUUUGAAACCAAUUGUGAGGGGUUUUUCCUCCAAGAUAAUUUCCCAGUUUACUUCCCUUUCUGUUCAAGGACCCUUAAUCUGCAAAUCUUUUUUUUUUUUUUUUAAAUACAAAUAUUACCAUAACGGGCCUCUAAGUUUAACUGAUAUUCUUGGGCUGGUGGGCAGAAAAGCAUGAUAAAGCAUGAGUCCCUUGAGAUAAAGUCACAGUAUCCCAUCAAAGUUUUUAGGUACCUGAAUCGACUUCAUUCAGCCGCUAAGUAUACAUUAUUAAAUAUAUUGUUAUUUAGGACCCUGUGUUUUCUGAUCGAGUUUCAGAGCCUGUAAGUCAGUCUUCCUGCAGUACGAUACAUAUGCAUCCUCAUGAAACAGUCUGUUGAGUGACUGUUAACAUCCUGUUGCAGUGCUUGAAUAACCUUAAGUUGUAAUGAUUUCAUUACUAGGCAUCUUAACUGCACGCUGGCGUGUGCUUGUGGCUAUUAAUACAAUGUUCACGUUUAUUGAGCACUGUUCACAAUAAUUUAUCAAUGAAACCUAAUUAACCUGUGACGAACAGUAAGAGAAAAUAAGCACUGAAUCUGGAAUGACUAUUGGCACCAUGAAAUAUUAUAAAAGGUUCUCUUAUUAUUAAAGCUAAAAAAAAAAUAAAAACAAAUGGUAUGGUAAGUAAAAUAGUUUCAACAUUCUGAAAUAUUCAGAAUCAAGGAAGUGGAAUGUUUAAAAUUGGUAGAAAAAUUUGCAUCCUCGCCAAGGACAAAAUGAUGAGUCACUUGUGUAUGCACUGUAAAAAUAUGAAUAAUAAGAGGGUUUCACGAAGAGUCACAACUGCUGCAGAUGGUUCUUGCCUGCUGCAGAAGGUUAAAGAACAAAAGUUGUUUGGAUUUUAUUUUUCUGUUCACAUUGGGUUUUAUGCUAUUGUUUGAAAAUGUCAUAUAAGAAUAUCAUCAAGAUAAAUGACACCCACCUGUGUACUGUGCGAGUUUUACCGCCUUUGUUCAAGAAACCACCUUUUCUUCCAUUAUCACUAUUUUCUGGUCCCUCAUUGUGCAAUUAAUUCAAGUGGUUGAGAUAAAAUGCAAUGUCCUGAAUUACAACUGAAUUACAGACUACAAAACUCGGUUGGGAUUCUCUUUUCCUGCAUUAGCCUACCCCCGAACAGCUGGCACUGUUGUUUGGUAUUCUACCGUCUGCCACAAAUGCUUUCAGUGUUACUGCUGUUGCCACAGAGAACGGCUCUAUCAUUCCUCAGAAAUAUUGAUGUUUUCUGUGGGCCCCUAGAGCUUCCCUUUUUGCCAAAACAAGUCAGUGAAGUCCUUGGACAAAGAUAGAUCUCUACAGUAAUGUGUACUUAAAGAUGAUCAAAUUGAGGUGUUUAACACUUGAGUUCCAGCUAUUUCUCAUUGGCAUCACAUACCCCUGGACUCUGCUUAUAAGUGCUUAUAACAAUCACAGGUUAAGGAUUGAUUUCCUGGCAGGUGUGUUUGUUGGUAUGUUUAAGUAAUGUAAAUAAAAAAAUUUUGCACAAGUGAAAUAUUUUGCUGAGAGGUGCCAUCUGAGGGUAGUCUGGCAUAGCAGUUUUGACAGCACGUACGUUACAUAAUGGGAUAAUACACCUUGUUCUCCCCUACACACAGUGGUACAAUGUCACCCCUGCCGGUGUCGCAUUAAGCUGAACUCUCCACAUCACCUCUUGACCUGUGUGAAACACUUCUCCAGGAUUUCACAUGGGCCAUAUCAAUCGGUGAUGUUUAAAGGACAGUACCGGACAGUAAUAACUUGGCUAUUCCUGAAUACCAAAUUGUUUUCUGGUUAAUGUGUGUUCGAAUGUUCGACUGGUUAACUGUAAACUCAGUUAGGGAAUGUUCGCCCAAAUUCCUGUGUUCUUUUCCAGGAAAUAAUGGCUGCUGUUAAAAUGUGUUGAGAGAGACUGUGUGUUUAGCGUCACCUUGUCACAAAGGCAGCUGUUCCAGAGUUGAGCUUCUAAGUGCCACAUAGGAAUAAAGACGAACGUCCCUCAGUUCAGCAGUUUUGGAAUGUGAAACUUCACGCUCGUAAAUCACCCCAUGUAUUUCAGUAUUUCAGAUUGAGCGAUCGGCGGGGAGCGAGGUUGCAUCGCUGCGAUGAUUAUUAGGUGAUUAGUUCUGAUUGUAGCAGCUUGCGCACGCGAUUUUAUGUCCUCAUGGAAAGAGGAUGCCCUCUUCUGCCCCCUUGUCUGGGGCAGCUGUGCCAUCCUGUCUGCCCCUGCUGUUUGUGCCACCGCACUCUGGCUUGGCACGGCCUACUUGGUACUGAGAAUGAGCUCCACAACCCCCCCCUUUAGUUGUAUUUUUCUUUACCGAUUUGGGGUUCUGGAUGUUAACUUAAUUAUUUUG